AUGAAUGUCAAACUUGCCCAACAUCAUCGUCCUACAGAUAUUGAAAUCUGGUUUAGAGUUGCAGUUGCUCGUGUGAAUAUGCCAAACCUCGUGAAGGCUAACAUCAAGCUUCCUCCAUCUGGUGAUUCUCAGAAGCUUCUAGAAUGUCUUACCUCAGCUAAACACCUUUCCUUAUGUGCAAUACCAUCAACGUUUUCAUAUCCUAUAGGCGCUUUCUCUCAUCUCUUGUCUCUAAAACUCUGUACUUGCUGUUCAGUUUGGUGCUCUCUUAUACUCAGACAAACCCCUAAACUCACAGUUCUCAGAUUCCAACCAAGUCACAAAUGUAGCCAUUAUAUCCAGACUCAGUGGGAAAAACCAAGUUCUGUUCCUCAAUGUUUAAACUCGAGUCUGGAAACUGUUGAGUGGAUUGAUUACCAAGGGAGAGAAUCAGAGAAAAAAUUGGUCAUGUAUUUGCUUGAAAACUCUGGACAGCUAAAGAAAAUGGCCAUUAGAGCCUUACAAUCAACCAAUUUGGGAGAGAGAUACAAGAUGCUGCAAGAGCUGUCGUCUACGCAGAGGAGUUCUAAACAUUGUCGGUUUUCCUUCACCUGA